GUUAAAUGGUGAUUCAACAGGAUCAGGUUCUUUCCUGUGGUAGGCGAUUAGUGAAGAAAUAGAUCAUUUGUUCGUCUAUUUGUUUGGUUUGUGUCAGGUGGUUAUGCUGUGGAAUGCUUUUAUGAACAAAAACCUCUCUUAGAUUUUGAUGUGAUAAUUGAUGUAUCAUAUCAAUUUAGCUCACUCUUUUAUUUAAUAAUAGCCUAGUGUUUUGAGGGGGAGGGGGGGGGGUGGAUUACCUAUUUCAUUCUCAAAAAAUAAGGAAGAAAUUGUGGUCAUUUUCCAUUUUACUGCCAUUCUACAAUAAAGUAAACUGCACGAUGGGAACUAUUAUUGCAUUAGUUAUCUACGACUGUCACUUUCACUUUCCCCAGAAGUCUGCCUUCACUGUUUAUGCUUUUCCUCUCCCAACCGUUGGAUUGGUGGGAACAUUCAGCUAAGAUCCAACAUUGCAAAUUUGGGUGAUGGCAAGGCACAAUGGGAAAUUGAGGGUUCUCAUGGUUUGAUGUUCUGUGAAGAUUCAGCUAAGACCCAACGCUGCAAAAUUGGGAGAUGGCAAGUAUGGAGGGAAUUUGUAUGGGGAGGAAUUGCAGGCGCGUUUGGGGAAGGCAUGAUGCAUCCUGUUGACACUCUGAAAACAAGGCUUCAGAGUCAGGCUAUAAUGACAGGGGCUAAGGCUCAGAAGAACAUAUUCCAGAUGCUCAGGACAGUUUGGGCUUCUGAUGGUCUGAGAGGUUUUUACAGAGGAAUCAGCCCAGGUGUUACUGGAUCACUUGCGACUGGCGCAACAUACUUCGGUGUUAUUGAAUCAACUAAGACAUGGCUGGAGAAUGCUAAUCCUAAUCUAAGUGGACACUGGUCACAUUUUAUUGCUGGAGCAAUCGGUGAUACACUUGGAUCCUUUGUAUAUGUGCCUUGCGAAGUCAUGAAACAAAGAAUGCAAGUCCAAGGCACCCAAAAAUCUUGGGCAUCAGCUGCAGCUAAAGGAAGUAUUUCUCAAGCUCAUGGGGCUCAGAUGUAUGGGUACUACAAUGGAAUGCUCCAUGCUGGUUGUUCUAUCUGGAGAGAUCAUGGUCUGAAGGGGCUUUAUGCAGGAUACUGGUCUACGCUUGCCAGAGAUGUCCCUUUUGCUGGUCUAAUGGUCACUUUCUAUGAAGCAAUGAAAGAAUUGACUGAAUAUGGGAAAACAAAGUAUUUGCCACACAGUGAUCUGGAUGUCAGCAACUCCUUUGAAGGCCUUGUUUUAGGAGGAUUGGCAGGCGGCUGUAGUGCAUACUUGACAACCCCCUUGGACGUGAUUAAGACAAGACUGCAAGUACAAGGACCAACAUCUAGGUACAAUGGGUGGCUGGAUGCUAUAACAAAGACAUGGACUUCCGAGGGGGCGCGUGGCUUGUUCAAGGGAAGCGUUCCUAGAAUAAUCUGGUACAUCCCUGCAUCAGCAUUCACUUUCAUGGCAGUGGAAUUCCUAAGGGACCGUUUCAACGACAAGGUCGACACAGAUGCCCGUGAACUAGCCACCCUGUCAAUCGACGCCAGAUCAGAAGUUGAGAAAGCAGCUUAAUGUUCUUUCUCCUAUGAAGCGACCUAAUAUUCCUUUCUGGUGGAAUUUAUCUGGCGGAAUCUUUUUGUAUUUGGCAACGUAGUAGUUCUUUUUAAAGAUAAAGGAAUAGUCUUUAUUCCGCAACGUAAUGGGUUUCAGUCGUGCAAAUGCGGAGAGCUUACAUUGUCAGCUAGGCGAGAACGUUGUAUGUAUCAGAGAGAAGAAACUGAUAACCUCAUGAUCCUUUACUAGGUCAGCAAUUUUUUGAGUUAGGAACAUGGAUUCUUGGUGGGAGUACUUCUGGAUUCUGGCAUUAGUGAACAUGUAACAUUUCUGCAGAGACCAAUGCAUUAUGCAUACAUAGGGAGCUGGUUUCUAAGUCUGUUGCAAA